UACGUAUUGAACACGUGAAAAUAAAAUGACAUUUUUCGCAUUUCAGCUAGCAUAUAAUGAAUACGACUAUGUACACUACGGCACUUAUUUAACAGUAGAUCAAAUCAAAGAAAAACCCACACUGAUCAGAUGGCGUUUUUUACCAAAUUUACUGUACACGCUCCUGUUAAUUAGCCCAGAUCACCCGACUCGAGAAAACCCCGAAGAAAAAGAAUGGCAAUAUUGGAUUGUUUCAAACAUUCAUGGUGGUGAUUUAAAACUAUCACGAACGCUGACUGAAUAUUCGCCUCCGACAGAAAUACUCGGGAAAG